AUGAUUGCUUCCUUGUAUGGAAGCAUUGAGGUUUUGAAGUACCUUAUUAGUUGUCAAAAGGUUGAUGUCAAUAGAGCAUGUGGCUCAGAUGGGGUUACGGCUCUUCAUUGUGCAGUGGCAGGGGGUUCGGAUUCAUUGGUUGAGGUUGUGAAGCUCUUGAUUGAUGCCUCAGUUGAUGUCAAUGUUGUUGAUGCCAAUGGCAAGAAACCUGGUGACCUGAUUUUAUCGUCCAUGAAGUUCUUAAACAAUUCGAAGAGGAGAACCUUGGAGAUGCUAUUGAAAGGGAUUAGCUUUGAGGCUGGUGAUCCAGAAGAAGAAGAAAAAAUUAGUAGACCUCUGGCAACAAAAGGAGGAAAUGAGAAGAAAGAAUAUCCAGUUGAUGUACCAUUGCCAGAUAUAAACAAUGGGAUAUAUGGAACUGAUGAAUUUAGGAUGUAUAGUUUCAAGGUGAAGCCAUGCUCGAGAGCUUAUUCUCAUGAUUGGACAGAAUGCCCUUUUGUCCAUCCUGGUGAGAAUGCGAGGAGGCGUGAUCCAAGGAAGAAUCACUACACUUGUGUUCCCUGCCCCGAGUUCAAGAAGGGAGCGUGUGCAAAGGGUGAUUCCUGUGAAUAUGCUCAUGGGGUUUUUGAGUCCUGGCUACAUCCUGCCCAGUACAGAACCCGCCUUUGCAAGGACGAGACUGGAUGCCCAAGGAGAGUGUGUUUUUUCGCACACAAGCCUGAAGAGUUGCGUCCACUUUAUGUCUCUACAGGUUCAGCUUUGCCUUCACCAAAGUCUAUCUCAGUUAAUUCAACAGACUUUUCAACAUUGAGCCCGUUGUCUCUUGGCUUGUCUUCUUCGACAUACCCUAAUACUUCAACUCCACCAAUGUCACCAUCGGUUACAUGUUCGUCUCCAAUGGGUGGAAGCAUUCGGCAGAACAAGGCAAACCUCAUGCCUCCUGCUCUGCAGCUGCCAGGAAGCCGACUCAAGACGUUUCUGAGUGCAAGAGAUAUGGAGUUAGAUAUGGAAUUGCUUGGAUUGGAAAAAAUCCGAACCCAAUACCAACAAAGGCAGCAGUUGGCUGACGAGAUGGCUAAUAUCUCAUCCCCGUACUGCAAAGUUACAGAUUUGAAGCCUACCAAUCUUGAUGAUGUUUUCGGAUCGCUUGAUGCUUCGUCAUUAUCUCAAUUUCAGAGUCCAAAUGGCCUUCAGAUUCAUCAGAACUCAAACCAACUCCGUGCAAGCUACCCUUCCAACCUGUCAUCCUCGACAGCAAGGAUGCCGUCUACUUUUGGAUAUGACUCAUCUGCAGCAGCAGUCAUGAACUCAAGAUCUUCUUUUGCAAAACGCAGCCAGAGCUUUAUUAACCGUAGUGGUGGAGUUGGCCAUCGGUCCUGCCAUUCUGGUGCUGCUAAUUCCCCGAGUUUGAUGCCUUCUAAACUUUCAGAUUGGAGCUCCCCUGAUGGAAAACUUGACUGGGGCUUUAACAGUGAGGAGUCGAACAAGUUUAGGAAGUCAGCCUCUUUUGGAAUUCGAAGUGGUAAUGCUGCGGUAUCAACCGCAAUGGCUCCACCAAAUGUGGACGAGCCAGAUGUAUAUUGGGUUCAUUCAUUAGUUAAAGAUGUCCCCUCUAACGGUGCUGGAGCUGGACAGUACAGUUCAGAGCAGCAUCAUGGACGGGCACGUGAUAUUGGCCCCCAUUGGGUCGACCAAUUGUACAUAGAUCAUGAGCAGAUUGUGGCUUAAGUCAAGAAAAUUGCUUCAAGAUUAUCGUUAACUAGGUCAAUAUUUUUGAAAAUUCUUACUAAUACGUUGUAUGUUUAGAUGGUCAGUUUAAUGGAAUAUAUAUAUCAAUUGCUGUUCUUUUGAUCAGGUUGCUUAAGGAGUCGAAAAGGUUAGACAGAGGAACAAAUUUUUAUUUUUACUUUUUUCCUAUAUUUGUUUCUCCCAACCUGGGAUAGUUGUAACUUUUAUGUAUUCCUCAAUAAACAACAGAUAAAGAAUGAAUUCCAAGUGAACUUAUGCA